AUGGGCGCUGAGCCAGCCUUGGACACGGUCGUGUGGUUUCCCGUGAGAUCCAACUCAAAAUUUUUCCUUUCACUGCUGCCAAUUGAUGGAGGAAAGCUACAGCAGGAGGAUCCAACCGCUGCUAUAGAAAAGAGGAGGGAAGUCGUAAUCCGAGGCCUAAUUGAAUACAUGGGGGAGAAGCCAGGAGACUUGAUUUCAGAUCUACAGAGUCUGGAGGAAACUGAAGACACUCGGCAGAAUAUCGCCUAUCCAGUGAAGAUUGUCAAACAGUUCAGAGGAGUGUUUGUCACCUGUCCGCAUGUCAAAGAAGAGAAGGCUAUGUGUAUGGCCUCAACAAUUCUCCCCACAAGCAAGCAGUUCUGA